AUGCUCGUCGCAUUCUUCUGCUCCUCGGCCGCUAGCAAGCCAGCUCCCAACUCGAGAAGCGAGGCGAUCGAUGACGCGUGCAUGCCAGGCCAGUUAAGAUUAGACACAGGCGCGGCUAGCAUGGGUGUGCUUUCCAUGCAUCAUGCCCAUCCUGGAAUAGGACGGCUGAGGCCAUCCCCUCUGGCGCUUGGCCAGCCGCCGCGCCCGAUCUCCCUUGUCCAUCAAGCCGUCUGCCGUCUGACAAGCACCCCCACCGGCUCCAGGUUCGCUGAGUUGGCCCGUGCAGACGCAGUGCGAUUGCGAUUCGCCUUGAAGCGUCCCCCAUCGAAUUUCGAAUUUCGAAUUUCCGAAGCUAGUAGUAGCCCGCGUCGCAGAAGCGUCGGAAGCACCCUCCUCGAGCCCAGAGUCGACUCGUCUCUUCGCCUUCGGACAAUCGAGCAGCUCUCUGCACCCCCGCUUCUCGCCCUCUAG